AUGAAGCUCCAUUGCACUAGAAAGCCAAAUACUGCUAAUUGGGUAACUAGGUUCCCAGAAUUUUUGCGUCCACACAUUAGACAGAUUAUUGAUGUGCCAGGAGAUGGACAUUGUGGAUACACAGUUAUUGCCAAUUAUCUUGGUUUAGGUGAUGAUGGUUGGAAGAAGGUACGUCUUGAUCUUUUAGAAGAAUUGAAGAACAAUCACGCUGAAUACAAUAAGGUUUUAUCUCUCUUGACAUCCACUGAAGAGCUUAUUCCUAGUGUGGAUUGUGUGAAUACUUAUGCAGAUGUGAUGCAUUGGAUGACCAUAUCCAACAUGGGCAAUGCCAACAAAGACAUCCUCACAAUCGGGUAUAUCAAUGGGUCUCAUUUUGUAAGAGUUGAGCUAGUUGCUGAUUCACCAUUACCGUCAAUUUCGAAGAUGUGGCUUAAGUAUAGUCAUAGAAGGGCUAGAUAUUGGCGUACCCAAUAUAUUGCAAUGAUAGACAAGUUCAGGAGCAUCAUGGCUACAGGGAAGAUGAGCAUGGCUACUGUUGAGAUCAUUGAUUGA